GGGCUCUUUCCGCCGGGUUUGGAGCACUUUUGAAGACGGGCGGAAAGUGUGUGAUGAGUCCUAGCCUGUAAAAAGAAGCGAGAACUUGCUCUUUGCAGCCCGAGUAGUUCUUCUUUCAAUUGUUAUUGUCGCUUUAAAAAAAUCUUUAAUUCACUUAAACUUCGUGUCGGCCGCGUCGAAAGUGGGAGAAAAGUGCUUUUCCGGUCGGAACAUGGAACUACAAGGCCUGCAAGAGGCGUUGAAAGUAGAAAUCCAAUGUCAUCAGGAUGGAGAGCUGAAGAGACAGCUGCACGACAGGAGAAUAACAGCCCUAAGCGAUAAACAAAAUCAGACGUUGUGCAAAGGCCUCAAUGAACUUCAGAACGGACAGAAGCUGGCAGUCAGAAGUUGUCCUGUAGGGUCGACUAAGCCGCUGUCUCUCAUCAAGCCUCCCAGCCAGGGCAUCGCCAUCUCCGUGGUGCCGGCCAAGGCUCCCGUUUCCAUGGUGACCGCACACAUUAACGGACAGAAGGCGGCGAGCUCGGAGCCGCUGCAGACGUCCCCCAUCAACCUCCAGACGGGCGGCAGGGUGGCGGCCGCCGGAGUCCACCCGUUCAGCAGCAGGAGAGCCGGAGAGCUGCCUCCCUCUCAGAUGCUGGGAACUCUCACUGCUGUGCCCAUCAAGGUGCCUCAAGUCAGCUCCCUGCACCGGCUGGCAGGACAAGCAGCCACCGUGCUACCUCAGGUCAGGCCAAAGACCCAGAUCCCCGACAGCCUCCCCCACAGUCCGUGUCAGGAGCUGCAGCCUCUCAGCCUGCAGAGGGCCACCGCCGUGGUCAGUCCCAAGAGCCAGGGGGGCCCCACCCUGCCCACCGCCAACAGCACCUUCAGCCCCGACCACCAGCCCAACGGCCAGAGCGACGCCUCGCCGCCCCCGGCCCCCGCCGCGGGCCCGUCGGGGGGCCCGGACUCCGGCGGCCCCGCCCAGCACGCCUCAGCGGGGGCCGGCGUGGCGUACGCCAUCAUCGCCGCCUCCCCCGCCACCGGCAACGGGGUGUCCGCCGUCAGCGAGGCCGUCAAGGUGAUAAUAAUCCAGCCGCAGGCUCCCAGCAGCACUGACGGGUCCCCGGGGGCCCAGGCUGACCUCCCGUCACAGGAGGCCCCGCCCGCCCCGAAAUCCCCCUCCCCGAAGAAAGACGAGGACCCGAGAGACGAGCAGCUGCAGCUCAGCAGGAACGUUUUCUCUUCAGUGAAGAACUCUCGAAUCAGACGCCGAGAGUCUGACGCUCUUCACCUCCUCUUCAUUAACAUCUUCUCUAAAAUCGCCUUCAUGGUCGCCCUCGGCCUCGUCACCACAGAACACCUGGAAGAAAUCCAGACGAAGCGACAGGAGAGGAAGAGACGAAGCACAGCCAACCCGGCCUACAGCGGCCUCUUUGAACCAGAGCGUAAACGUCUGGCGUCACAUUACCUGAACAGCUCGCUCUUCCUGUCAGCACGAGACUCUGAGGAUUUCUGCUGGAAGGAGGACUUGGAGCAUGACGAGCACUGUGCCGUCUGUAAGGAGGACGGCGAGCUGCAGCCCUGCCACAACUGCCCCAGAGCCUUCCACCCCAACUGCCUCCACCCGCCGCUCAAAACGCCCCCCAGAGGACCCUGGUACUGCCCCAAGUGCCAGAAGAAGGUCCUGAACAAAGAAAACAUGGCGUGGCCACAGAACUUUGUUCAGUCCUACGUUACACACAAGACGGUGAGGCAGGAGGAGAAGCGACGGCUGCUGAGACGAAACAACGAGCUGAAGAAAGAGUGCGCUCACCUGGAAGAACAAGACAAGAAGCUCAACGACAUGCUCAAACAGUGUAUGGACCUGAGAGAGCGACUGUUGGGGCAGCAGAGAGACACUCAGGCCUCGCUCGAACGCCUCAAAGCUCUCAUCAGGUUGAUCCAACGCGACCAGCUCAUCCAGGUCACCAUGACGACCACGGCCACCAUCGCUGCUGCCUCGCUGCUCUCCCAGUCCUGGAUCAAACCCACCAGCACCGCCGCCAUUGCAGCCGCCGCUCCGGGCCCCUCGGCCACGCCCCUGCAGCAGAAGAGCCACGCCCACAGCCAGGACGACACCAACAACUAGCCCCGCCCCCCACCAGGUGCUCCGACUUUUUACCGUCGCCGAGUGCGGUGAUGAUUUCUUUUUUGUCUGAAUAUUAUCUAACCAUCUUUUCUCCGAGAGCUGAAAAAAGCCACAAA